CUAGCCUUAUCUUCUCUAUUUCACUCCAAGCAACCUUGCAGACCAAUUAUAUCGUUCUUCACGUUAUUCAAAUCAGGAUCCAAAAUGUCUGCUGCUUCUUCUUCAUUAAUCCCCAUUGCCGGUUCUUCAAAUGCAGCUUCUUCACUCUGCAACACGAAAGCUCUUCAUUUACAAACUCCCACAAUCUCCAUCUCCAAAACCCACUUCAAAACCCCAAAAUUUUCUUUCAAUCUCAAAACCCAUUGCUUGAAUUUCUACCCACUGCUUCGAUCCUCCCUCCCACGCCCGAAUUGCUCCCCAUCCAAUGAAGCAAUUCAAGUUGACGAAAACCCAGAAACAGAAGUAUCACUAAUUGAAGAAGAAUUAGAAAUCGACGAAGAUGACGAUGAUGAUGAAGAUGAAGAUGAUGAAGAAGAAGACGAAGAAGAAGAAGAAGAAAGCGAAUCACCGGAAGCUGGGAGGCUUUACAUCGGAAACUUGCCAUACGCGAUUACUUCUGCAGAAUUGUCCCAAAUAUUCGGAGAAGCUGGCGAUGUAAUUUCCGUGGAGAUUGUUUACGAUAGGGUUACAGACAGGAGCAGGGGAUUCGCAUUUAUUACAAUGGCAAGUGUUCAAGAAGCUAAAGAAGCCAUUAGAAUGUUUAACGGAUCUCAAAUCGGUGGAAGAACAGUGAAGGUAAACUUCCCGGAGGUGCCAAGGGGAGGUGAACGGGAAGUGAUGGGCCCAAAGAUUAGAAGCAGUAACAGAGAUUUUAUCGAAAGCCCUCACAAGAUCUAUGCAGGUAACCUUAGCUGGAUCAUAACUUCUGAGAAGCUCAAAGAUACUUUUGAUGAACAACCUGGUUUUUUGAGCGCAAAGGUGAUCUACGAGAAACAAUCAGGGAAAUCUCGAGGUUUUGGGUUUGUCACUUUUAGCUCUCCUGAGGCUGCAGAGUCUGCACUUAACGCCAUGAAUGGACUGGAGGUUGAGGGUCGGCCUUUGCGACUGAACUUGGCAGAAGGAAAAGGAGAUGUGUCUCGCUCAACAAGAACAGGAAGAAGUUCUGAGAUCAAUGUCGAUGGGAUGGUUGAUGGUUGGAGUUGGUCUUUGGAAGAAAAACUUAUUUUCUUUAGCAGAACGAAACACCAUCUCCUUCCUUCGUUCUUCACACUUGAGACCGAAAAUGCUCUCAUCACCACCGCCCUAUACGCCACCGCUCACCACCACCAUCACCACUAUAUACACCGCAACUCACUACCACCACCUGCAGCCCCUGCUCUGCCUUCUCCGUUAACCAUCAUUGCACCUGAUUUGCCUUCUCCGCUCAUCUUCGAAGUGUGGCCUAAAUCUGGCGAAUCCUUAACUGCCGAUGACUAUCUCACAUCGUAA